AUGAACGAGUUAACCACGAGCCUGACCAAACUAGAAAUCAGCCAACAAAUUCAUGUUGGCUUGAAUGACGAUGACGAUGAUAUACCAGAUGAGGUCCCGUUCCGCCCAUCAGGCAAUCUGGCAACCAAAUUGCACGACACUCCGCGUUAUCUCUUUCGUGUUUUUUCAGAUGCGUCUGCAGGAGAGAAUAGUAGCGAAUGUAUGAAAUCCGUGGACGCGCUAGACGACAUUUUUACAGACAUUUUUGCACGAGAUGCUUUCACUGUUGCUCUAACUCUCAACGAGCAUCUCAGAUGGCAACCAAAAUCAUAUGGAGAUCCUUUUAUAUCAUGGACAACGUCACUUCUUGUCGCAAUCCAGUACGCUAUCUACAAGCAUAAGACGGAAUGUGCCGCCCUCAGCACGAUUCAUCUGUGUAUUAUUGACACCACUUUAUUCCCCGACGGAGUGUUCUUAAAAGACCUCGACCUCAUCGAGGAAUUUCAAGACAAGGUCCCUGAUCACUAUCCGGUCAUUUCAAAAGGCGCUCAGUAUGACUGGAAAGGCAGAGGGCUCAACAAUAUCCGUGAGUUGCGGAACAAGCAGCAUAAGGACUAUUCUGGUGUUUACUACUUUGGAGAAUACCUUUCACAGGGGCAAACCAAUAUUAAGGACCGGUCAUGCACGGUGUCUUGUGAUAAGAUCAUUAACAACAGCUUAUUUACCUUUAUGCCUCAAUUCAAAGUCGAAAUAGAGAACAGAACUCUAUUAUGGGCAAACGCAGUUAUAAAGCUUCGACAACCGUUCUACGAUACGGAGCAAGAGGGGGUAUACAAUUCGGACUUCACCGAUUCAAUGCUCAUAGCGUUUGACUUUCAUACGACAUGGUUUCUGCCAAUGCUAGCCAAUAUACUGGCUCUAAAACCUCGUACGGCUAGCAAUCCCAGAAUCAUAAGCCAGAUAUCGAAGGGUUUCCCCGAUCAAGUAAUACAACAUCUAGCACCUCAAGUCACGAAUGUUGUGGCCAAUGACAACAUUCCCGAGGUCCUCCAUUUUGGAAAGAUCAUUCAUGGUAUUAGCCAAGACUACUACACUAGGUCUGUUGUUGACUUGAUGAGUUCUAUGGAAAAUACUACAGGUGCGUUCAUCACCACGGGCUGCGUUGCAAUAGUGUGCCAAGGCAGAUUCUUAAAUAUUAACACUUCGAAUUCUACGACAGAUGUUAUUCGCCGCUUUAUAAGCGAGUCUGGAACCGCCGGAGGCCGAAAGACGCUUGGUAUAAGAGACUUGGCAGAGCAUCUCCCUGCUGUAGAUCAUGACUAUGUGCAGCCACUUAUGCAGAGCUUGGAAACUCUAAGCGGGAUUAUACAAGAACUUGAAGAAGAUGCAACUUAG